UCCUACCGAGCAUAUAGUACAACACCUGCAUUGACGGCCCUACCUUCUCUCUCCUCCCCCAGAGAGAGAGAGCAGAACCCCACGCUCUUCUGUAAAAGCACAAAUUCCGAUUCCCCCACCACCACCACCUCAACCACCACGCCACCUUAUUCCCUUCAUUUCUAUUUACUUCCACGUGUCACCAUAUUGUAUGCAUCGCCCCGAGUUGCAAAUCCAUGGCGUUCCACAAAAUCCCCUUUCAUCGACUACGCUAAUCCACCCAGAUAUGGGACAAAAUCAAGACCACCCCCACCCUCGGUGCCUCGUCGUCGGCAACUACUGCCACGACGUCCUGAUGAAGGACGAUCUCGUCCUGGCCGAGUCCCUCGGCGGCGCCGCCUCCUUCAUCUCCGCCGUCCUCGACGGCUUCUCAAUCCCCUGCACCUUCGUCUCCAAGGUGGGCUCCGAUUUCUCCUACCCGGUCACCCACCCGCCCCUCGUCUCCCCUUCCUCCCAAACAACCCUCUUCCACGCCCAUUUCUCCUCCCGGGUCCAGCGCCACGACCGCGUCCUCAAGCGCGUCCGCGCGUGCGACCCAAUCGCCCCCUCCGAUCUCCCCCGCCCCCGCCCAAACCACCGCUUCGAGCUCGGCCUCGCGGUCGGCGUCGCCGGAGAAAUCUCGCCGGAGACGCUGGAGGGGAUGCUCGACAUCUGCGACACGGUGUUCGUCGACAUCCAGGCGCUGAUCCGGGUAUUCGAUCCCGCCGACGGAACCGUGAAUCUCGUCCACGUGAGGGAUUCAGGGUUCCAUCAUUUGCUCCCGAGGAUCGGGUUCCUCAAAGCAUCCUCCGACGAGGCGCCGUACGUCGACGUCGAUGAGGCGAGGAGGGAUUGCUGCGUGGUGGUGACCAAUGGGAAGGAUGGGUCCACUUUUUAUUACAAGAAUGUGGAGCAGCAGAUUCUUCCCUUUCCGACGGUGCAGGUGGAUCCAACCGGUGCUGGCGAUAGUUUUCUCGGCGGUCUCGUUUCCGGGCUUGCGCAUGGUUUGUCGGUGCCGGAUGCUGCAUUGUUGGGGAACUUCUUCGGAUCGCUUACUGUGGGGCAAGUUGGGCUUCCUAAGUUCGAUUCGAGCUUGUUGCAGGCGGUUAAAGACGAGGUGCAAAGAAAGAAGUCUCACAUAUUUGGCCCCAUUAAAUGUAUAAACGAAGGAUUAGUAUUCGCGAAGCCUUUAGAUCACGAAGAGUUCCAUGCAGCACUUGUUAGAGCCAACACCCCCCCGCACACAUUUCCUAUCCAAGAAGAAUCCCAAAGGGAGUUGCUGUGUUCCCCUAGAGUGGCGGAACACCAUAACUGCAACGGGCAGCCUAAAACAUUAUCGAGCAAUGCUUGUGAAGAAACAAUUACUUAAGGCGAUGGUGUACGUCGAUAAAAAAACAUGUAAUAUCUUCCCCCCUUAUGUAGACUGACUAUGUGGGUUGUUACGAGGGGGGGAAUUCUCAAUGUAAGAAACAACGAAGAUGUGUUGUAGUUUUAGCGGAUGGAGAAUGUAGGUUGUUGUUUAGCUUGUAGAGAGAAGGAGACGACGAGAGCAUUUUUGUCGUAACAGAGAGACGACGCUCUCUUGCCUAAAAUAAGUUUAUCUGCAAAUAACUGUUGCUUACUUAUUAGCUCUUAAUAGAGUGAGCUAUUUGUUGUGAUUUGAA